AUGGCAGGUGGAGGCGGUGAUCCCCACUUCAGGAGGGUCCCAGAGGACCGGAACACAGGGGACCAGCAACUAGAGGAGGAGAUUUUCUAUGAGCUCAUUUUCAGACAUUUUAGAGAAAAUAAGGUGGAGAUAGCAAGUGCCAUAACAAGGCCAUUUCCUUUCCUUAUGAUCCUCCGAGACCAUGACUUCAUCUAUGAGCAGAUGCUUGAACAUUUUCAAGAAACUUGUAGAAACCUGGUCCCAAUGCCAAGAGUAAUGUACGAUGUCCUCAGUGAGCUGGAGAAGAUGUUUGACGAGUCACUUCUGCCUACAUUGUUCAGCAAGAGUAACCUGAAGGCUUACCCUUAUUUAAAUGAGAUUCUCAGAAACUUCCAAAAUGAAAAUUGACCUUUCAGUGCAGCCUUGUGUCAAUCUGCUUCUCUCCAUGAAGAGUGGAGAAGUCACAAGGGAAGCCGGGCACAUACCCAUGCACAGGGAGGGGCAGCGUGUGACAGCUCCAGCGUGUGGAGGGAGGUGAUUCAGGACAACUUCUACCACCGAAUUGAUGAUGGAGAAGAGACACGGGGGACGCUCAGCAUCCAACCAAGCCAUGAACGAAUGAAGGACGAGGAUUCUGGGGCCUCCCGCCUGGCUUCAGAUCUCAGCUCUGCCACCCGCUUCUGCGGAGGCGACUUAGUUUCUCUGUGCUUCCCUUUCCUCAUCCAGAAACGUGGCAAUAUGGAAACAAGCACAGCAUCAGAGAAGCAAGAGGGAGAAAAGGGAGGGGGAACAGACAAGGAAAAGAAAAAUGAAGACAAAGAGAAGUACCAAGAGAGUCCAGGAGCAAGGGUGAUGGUUGUGCAAGCCCAGCUGGGCAAUCAGGACAGGGUCAUCGAGUCAGAGCAGAAUGAGGAAGUUCUGCAAGUUCCUGGAGGAGUGGACCAGGGCCUGACCUUAAAGGGCACGAGCAUGCUGAGGUCUGGGUCCACGGCACCCCAUGACUCAUCAUGCCCUUGUCUCUCUACAGAGACCAGUGAUCCCCAAACUCUCCAAAUGACUAACAAAGGAGAAGCAGAGAAGGUGGUCAGUCUACCCCCAGCGGAGGGAGAAGGGAACUAUGAUCUCCACUCCCAACACCUCGAUGAAUCUCUGUCUUCCAAGGGCAGCACUGCCUGUUUGGAAAUAUGUGAUGGAGGAAAGCCCCAGGAAGCCUCGAGCUCCCCACGGAAAUAUGUACCAGAGGGUGGCAAUACCUUCUGGGAGACCCGUGAUGGAGAAGGACCCCUGGAAGCCUCCAGCUCCCCACUGAGAUGUGAGUCAGUGUCCAGUGAUCUCGAAGCUCCCCAAAUGACUGAUGAGGAAGAACCAGAGGAGGGACCCAGCCAACCACCAUGUGACAGAGAAGUUCUGCAGAGAACACUGAAGUCUCACAACAGAACCUUAGCUGACCCUUGUCCGGGAAACUCGGAUGUAUGUGAGGUGUGCCAGGAUGGAGGACAGCUGUUCUGCUGUGAUACUUGUUCCAGAUCCUUCCAUGAGGAGUGCCACAUCCCGCCUGUGGAAACUGAGAGGACCCCGUGGAGCUGCAGCUUCUGCAGGAUGAACGAGUCUUCUGGAAGCCAACAGUGUAAUCAGGAGCCUGAGGUCCUGGAGAGGCAGAUGGGGCCUGAAGAACAGCUGAAAUGUGAGUUCCUUCUCAUGAAAGUCUAUUGCUGUUCCGAGAGCUCCUUUUUUGCCAAGAUUCCAUAUUAUUAUUAUAUUAGGCUGUCUUCUCAAGGCCUUAAGGACACCAUGUGGUUGGACAAAAUCAAGAAGAAGCUGCGUGAGCAGAGCUACUCCCAAGUGGAGGGGUUCAUGCAGGACGUGCGCCUCAUCUUUCAGAACCACAGGGCGUCGUACAAGCACAAUAAGUUUGGCCAAAUGGGACUUAGACUGGAGGCUGAAUUUGAGAAGAAUUUCAAGGAAGUGUUUGCUAUUCAGGAACAAACUGAGAACGAUUGA